AUGUGGGAGGAGAGCUUCGACACAGAGCAUGAGGUCAGCGGGAAGCCGGAUUACUCGCCGGUGUCCUGGCGGGAGUAUUUCAACCAGAGGGAGGAUGUGAGCGUGGGGCCGGCAGACAGCAGGGACGUCUUCAGGAUUUAUAAAGCAGGAAACGAUGGACCGCUACUGGUCCUGCUGCACGGAGGAGGACACUCGGCCUUGUCCUGGGCCGUCUUCACCACAGCCAUUGCCAGCAGAGUGACCUGCAGGGUCCUGGCCAUGGACCUCCGGGGUCACGGUGACACACUGGUUCGCCAAUCAGACGACCUCUCCACUCAGACCAUGUCCAGCGAUGUAGCCAAUGUGAUUGGAGCCUGCUACGGUGAGACUCCGCCCCCGAUCGUCCUGAUUGGCCACGGUGUUGGCGGGGCGAUCGCAGUGCAUACAGCCAGCAACAUGCUGCUGCCAACCACUGUGGGGCUGGUGGCCAUAGAUGUGGUGGAAGGUAACGCAUCGGAGGUACUUCACAGCAUACAGAACUUCCUCAAGGGAAGACCCAAGUCCUUCAAGUCCGUAGACCACGCUAUAGAGUGGAGUGUCAAGAGCGGACAAAUCAGGAACCUGGAAUCUGCCAGAGUCUCCAUGGUUGGUCAGAUCAAGAGAUGUGAGGUGGAGGAGGCAGACACCCUGGAGCAGGCCAGCCCGGUGAGCGACGUGGUUGUCGAGCGCAACGAGGAGUUCUACGAUCAGAGCUACAUCGACGACAAAGAAAACAACGCUUCAGAGAGUUUUUACAUGUGGCGUGUAGACCUGUCCAAGUCAGAGAAGUAUUGGGACGGCUGGUUCAGAGGAACCUCCAACCUGUUUCUGUCCUGCAAGCUGCCCAAACUCCUGCUGCUGGCUGGAAUCGACCGGUUGGACAGAGAUCUGACUAUCGGACAGAUGCAAGGGCGAUUCAUGAUGCAGGUGCUGCCCCCCUGUGGACACGCAGUGCAAGAAGACAAGCCAGACAAAGUGGCUGACGCUGUGGCCUCCUUCCUGUUGAGACACAAGUUUGCUGAAGCUAAAAGAGAAACUAAGAGCUCCAACUCCUUCACACAAUGAGAUCUGCAGGUUUUCUGACACCAGCAGAAAAGGAUUCAGGGACCAGAACUUCCUCCUCUACUGGUAGAUGCUGAAGUCUGAACAGUUUAAACCUUGAAAGCUGAGACUGGCAGUAAAUAC